AAUGUUUACCGAUCAUAAAUAGCCAAAGUACAUUAAUAUUGUAAGUAGCCAAUGACUGACAAUAAAAGUAUGACUAACGACAUUGACGACCAUCUGGAAAUGAGGUUGUUGGAUGAAGAAAGUCGAGAUGAAGACAGUGAAGUCGCUCAUAAGAAUGUGAACACUUCAUCUUACCCUUACCUAGGCCUAAUACUAGCAUGUAUCUCAUCCUUGUUUUUUUCUUUAUGCUCAGUAAUUGUGAAGUGGCUCACUAAUGUUCAUCCAAUGGAACUAGCUGCCUGCAGGUUUGUCGGUGUCCUUUUACCAGCAAUUCCUAUUGUGUUGUGGCGGAAUGAAAACCCUUAUCCAUCAGGUAAACGUUUGAUGCUCCUUCUUCGAUCUUUUGUUGGAACAACUGGGCUGAUGUUGAGUUUUUAUGCUUUUAGGCACAUGCCACUUGCAGAUUCAUCUGUUAUAGUAUUUAGUGUUCCAGUAUUUGUUGCUAUAUUUGCACGGAUAUUCCUUAAAGAACCAUGUGGUUUUUUUAAUGUAAUAACAAUUCUUUUGACCUUAAUAGGAGUGAUUCUGAUUACAAGGCCACCUUUUAUAUUUGGAGCGCACAUUCCCUCAUUAGCCUCUGAUGAACAGACAGGCAGUACUGACCUUUGGGCUGCAGUUGCUGCUUUUUCAGCUACUCUUUUUGGAGCCAAUGUUUAUGUUCUUCUACGAGCACUUAAGGGUCUUCAUUUUUCUGUAAUUAUGACUAAUUUUGGUGCCUUUGCUCUCAUUCAAACUGUCGGAGUUACCUGGGCCUUAGAUGCCUUGUGUUGGCCACAGUGUGGUAUUGAACGACUUCUUGUUGUGGCCUUAGCUUUGUUUAGUUUUGGUGGCCAGAUUCUUCUUACGCUAUCUCUCCAAUUGGAGCAAGCAGGCCCAGUUGCUAUUGCUAGGUCUGCUGAUAUUGUUUUUGCAUUCAUUUGGCAGGUGCUCUUCUUCAAGGAAAUUCCGAAUGCUUAUAGCCUUGCUGGUGCAUUUUUAGUUACUAGUUCUGUGAUGUUAACAGGCCUUAGGAAAUGGGUUAUAUCCUUACCUGAAAAUUCUCCAGUCAAACGAAAGCUGGCGAUCUUCAUAAAAUAAGAGUCAGAAUAUGUGGAGUUAGUAUUAUACUACUUGUAAGCAUAGUUCACAUUCAACAUCUUGGCUUCCGCAAACAAUUACAUUAUUGUGACACAUCACAAGCUAAUAGUAGGUUUAACUCCAUAAGCUAGAUACAAAAUAUUUUUGUAAUGUAUGGUACUUAUGGCUU